AUUCAAUAAAUUUUAUUUCUAUUUAUCAAAUGUACUCAUAUGCUCCUCUUGGUGUUUCAUUUGCCUCUCCAAUCGGUACAUCGAUUGUAAGACCUGCUCCAGGUAAUAUUUUAAAUACAUUAUUCAGUCUCAUAUGUUCAACCAGUUUCUUAUGCAUAACCAAUCCCAUACGCUUAACCAAUAAGCUAUGUUUAACCAGCCCCAGCAACAAUUAAGGGAGAAUCUAGAUUCGAGUACGUGCCUUAUUAGAAAUCUGUAGUCGAAUUGGAGGAGGAAUAAAGAGUUGUGAAAGUAGAAUCUUAUAAAAAUUGUAGGUACCCAAACAAAAAUGGGUGACAGAUUAUUACCCUGUGGAAUAUCAAAAAGAGUACAUACCUUAAGUUACAUAUGAAAAAUAAGUUGAUUAUGUUCCUGUCGAAAAAACAGUACCUAGAGUGGACUACCUAGAAAGAGAAGUAAGAAGAAGCUCAUUUGUUGCACCCAUCAAUACAGCACCUCCCAUCAACUAUGCCUCACCACUCUCUUACAGUGUUGCUGCUCCAAUUGCCCCAGUUACUACCAGCUAUGUUGCACCUGCAUACAGCACGGUUUAUAGAUAUUGAAUAUUAC